GUUGGUUGGGCUGUGGUGGUGGAUGGGUGUAGAGCUCCAAAGGGAAUCCGUUCUCAUCCAUAUCUCGCUUUCUCUCUCUCUCUCUCUAUUUUUCUCUUUCUCUCUCUCUCAUGCAAGACAUACACAUGUCUUAUAAUUAGUCUUUCUGUUUAUGACACAAAGUUACCUGGUUUAAAUUAUAUGAAGGUUUUUCCUUGAAUUUUUCUUGGUGUUUGUCUGCAACUCCACUCACCAGCAAGUGGCUCUUGCAGACAUAAAUUUAAUCAAGAGAAAGGGUUUGAUGGUAGAGAGAAGAUAAAUCAUGAGGAAGAAUAGCUAGAGGAGAAAGGAAUUGAUGGGAUUUGUGUGAAGCUGAAUUCAUCUGUUCAUAUUCUUUUUUACAUAUAAUUAUUUUCUGAAUUAGGGUUUGCAGUCAGAUCUAAAUCCUGUCACGUACAGAUAUGAAAGUUUAGAUCUGUUGCUCAAUUAAUCUUUCAUGAAACUGUCUACAAAUAAUUGGUGUCAUCCUAUCCUAUAAAUACAAAAGUAUAGCAAGUCCUGUAAUUUAUAGUAAAGGGUGUUUUAAUCAUCAAUAAAGGUUUGAUGGUGGAUGAGAAUAUGUCAAAUUUGACUUGUGCUUCUGGUGAUUUAAGUGCUUCUAACUCAAGCAUCAGAAAUGAGUCAUCAUCUGCUGGCACAGUCUACCCUCAGCAUUCCUCAUCCUCAACACAAAUUCAGCAGCAACAAGCACCGCCACCGCCAAAGAAGAAGAGAAAUCUCCCAGGCAACCCAGACCCGGAUGCUGAAGUAAUAGCCUUGUCUCCAAAAUCACUGAUGGCAACGAAUAGAUUCGUGUGUGAGAUCUGCAACAAAGGGUUUCAAAGAGAGCAAAACCUUCAGCUUCACAGAAGAGGGCACAAUCUGCCAUGGAAGCUAAAGCAAAGGACGGGGAAGGAGGUGAGGAAGAAAGUGUAUCUGUGCCCGGAACCGACAUGCGUCCACCAUGACCCGUCGAGGGCUCUUGGGGACUUGACAGGGAUCAAGAAGCACUUCUCUAGAAAGCACGGUGAGAAGAAGUGGAAGUGUGAGAAAUGCUCAAAGCGUUAUGCGGUUCAGUCAGAUUGGAAAGCGCACUCCAAAGUCUGUGGCACAAGGGAGUAUCGAUGUGAUUGUGGAACCCUUUUCUCUAGGAGGGACAGUUUUAUCACACACAGAGCCUUUUGCGAUGCUUUAGCACAAGAGAACAAUACAAGCACUGCAGCUGCCAGAUCAGCAAUGCCAGCCUCAAUCAACCCUCUUCUCUCCUCACUCCCCCAAAUCCAUAGCCAUGGCCUCCAAGCUCUAUCAGCUGUCAAGAGAGAACAAGAUCAGCAUCAGCACCAGCAGCACCAGCACCCGCAGCACCUUCCACCGUGGCUUUCUUGCUUGCCGGAAGGUGGCGAAGCCGCCAGCCUCCCUACUAUGAACCUCUCUGCCUCGCCAUUAUUCUCCACCUCUUCAUUCCAGCAAUAUUAUUCUUUUGGCCAAAACCCUAACCCUAGCAGCUCUUCAACUACCCUACUCCCCGAUAACUUCCAAGUUCAACAAACCCCCGCUCCCCCUCACAUGUCAGCCACCGCCUUGCUUCAGAAGGCAUCAGAAAUGGGAGCCACCAUCAGCAAACCCUCCCCUUCCCCAUAUUUUCUCAAACCACCCACCCACCAAUCCCUCCAAGCUCACAUGUCCAACGAAACUUCGCGUGACCAAGCAAUUCUAUUGGAUGAUGGGUUUGGAAACAAUGAGAAUAAAUCUUCACUCCUGCAUGAUAUGAUGAUGAUGAGUGGCUCUCAGGGUUUUCAUCAUGAUCGUCAUCAAGUCUCAUCGUCAUCGUUCGGAGAUCACCCUCAGCAGCAGCAGGCUUUCAAUGGAAUUAUGGUCGACGGUAAUUUCGUCGAGAUUAAUAAUAAUAAUCCUCCACAGAAUUAUAAUAAACCAAGAAGUACUGACAACAACAACGAGGGUUUGACAAGAGAUUUCCUGGGACUUAGAGCGCCAUUUUCAUCAGCAGCAUCACAUGGCGGCCAUGGAGAUUUUUUCAGUAUUAAUAUGGCAGGGCUGGAUCAUCACCAUGUGAGUACUUCUUCUUCUCCAGCUACUUAUAACAACAAUUGCCCGCAGAAUGAUCAGAACCAAACAUCGUGGCAAGGUUAGUUUGGUCAUUUUAAGCAUGCAGUCAUUACUCUUCCUUCUCUGUAGAGAGAGAGAAAGAGCCCAGUUACAAACUUACCCUGUCUGAGGAAUUCUUGAAUCUUCUGGUAAUAGGCUGUUUGAAUGGUGCUCCAAGCUUGCACUAUUCGUUCUUUUUUUCCUUGCUUAAUUAUUUUAAACAUUUGGUUCUUUUUAUAAUAAUUUUCUGCUUACUCUGCAA